GUCGUCGAACGAACAUAUUCAUAAAAAACGUUGUCUACCAAAAAAUAGACGUUUCAGUCGUCGGCGUGAAGUGAAAAUUAUGAAAUAAUCGUUUCGCCGCGAUUGUGCUAACAUAGAAACCAUACGAGCAAUUCUUCAGAUAUCCAAAGACUACAUAGUAUAGAAUUGAGCCAUGGCUACCGAAACCACAAAGAUGAUCCUAAGGCCACCGCUGGACAUCAAAAUGGAAGUUGAAAUCGGUGAACCGCCUCAACCUCCGGUAAAGUGUUCCAAUUUCUUUGCCAAUCAUUGGAAGGGGCUGGUGGUCUUCCUAGUGCCCCUGCUAUGCCUGCCCGUGAUGCUCCUGAACAACACUCCCGAAUAUCGUUGCAUGUACCUGCUGUUGGUUAUGGCCGUUUUUUGGGUCACAGAAGCCUUGCCGCUAUAUAUAACCUCCAUGAUACCCAUUGUGGCAUUCCCUGUAAUGGGAAUAAUGAGCUCCAAUCAAACCUGUCAGCUGUAUUUCAAAGAUACACUGGUCAUGUUCAUGGGCGGCAUUAUGGUGGCCCUUGCCGUGGAAUACUGUAACCUGCACAAGCGUCUUGCCUUGCGUGUAAUCCAGAUCGUGGGCUGCAGUCCCCGCAGAUUACACUUUGGCCUGAUUAUGGUGACCAUGUUUCUGUCCAUGUGGAUCUCGAAUGCCGCCUGCACGGCCAUGAUGUGCCCCAUUAUCCAAGCUGUUCUAGAGGAGCUGCAGGCCCAGGGAGUGUGCAAAAUUAACCAUGAACCCGAAUACCAAAUUGUUGGCAACAACAAGAAGGACAAUCCGGAUGAGCCACCUUAUCCCACGAAAAUCACACUUUGCUACUAUCUGGGCAUUGCCUAUGCCUCGUCCUUGGGCGGUUGUGGAACCAUCAUUGGUACCGCCACCAAUUUGACCUUCAAGGGUAUCUACGAUGCUCGCUUCGCCAAUUCCACUGAACACAUGGAUUUCCCCACAUUCAUGUUCUACUCGGUGCCCUCCAUGUUGGUGUACACACUGCUGACCUUCCUGUUUCUGCAAUGGCACUUCAUGGGUCUGUGGCGUCCCAAUAGCAAGGAGGCCCAGGAGGUGCAGCGGGGCAAGGAGGGUGCUCAUGUGGCCAAGAAGGUUAUCGAUCAGCGCUACAAGGAGCUGGGACCCAUGUCCAUUCAUGAGAUUCAAGUGAUGAUCCUGUUCAUUUUCAUGGUUAUCAUGUACUUUACCCGCAAGCCGGGCAUCUUUUUGGGCUGGGCUGAUUGGCUGAAUACCAAGGACAUUCGCAACUCCAUGCCCACCAUUUUCGUGGUCAUCAUGUGCUUCAUUCUGCCCGCCAACUAUGCCUUCCUGCGCUACUGCUGCCGACGCGGCGGCCAAGUGCCCACGGGACCCACUCCCUCGCUCAUCACCUGGAAGUUUAUCCAAACUAAAGUGCCAUGGGGUCUGGUAUUCCUGCUGGGAGGUGGCUUUGCCCUGGCCGAAGGCAGCAAGGUGAGCGGCAUGGCCACACUGAUUGGUAAUGCCUUGAUUGGAUUGAAGGUCCUGCCCAAUGCCGUCCUGCUGUUGGUGGUCAUUCUGGUGGCUGUUUUCUUGACAGCCUUCAGCUCCAAUGUGGCCAUUGCCAACAUUAUUGUGCCCGUGCUGGCGGAAAUGGCCUUGGCCAUUGAGAUUCACCCACUGUACCUGAUCCUGCCCGCCGGUUUGGCCUGCAGCAUGGCCUUCCACUUGCCCGUAAGCACUCCGCCCAACGCUUUAGUUGCCGGCUAUGCCAACAUUAGGACCAAGGACAUGGCCAUUGCUGGUAUUGGACCCACAAUUAUUACCAUUGUUGUGCUGUUUGUGUUCUGUCAGACCUGGGGACUGGUUGUGUAUCCCAAUCUCAACACCUUCCCCGAAUGGGCGCAGAUAUAUGCCCGGGAAGCGGCGCUGAAGGCGAAUCAGACGAUUUAGGAGGUUAGUUAGGAAAUCCUUUAGGGUUAAAUCACAAUCACAACAGACACAGAAACAGCAAUGGAAAUCAAUAUUGAAUAUAUUAGGGAACACUGUACAAGAUAAAGAAGUGCCUUUGUGUGGAAUGAUCUGAAGAGAUGCAUUUGCGGAAACCGUUUUUUAUACAAACAUGAAAGAACAUUAAUUAUAUUGUAUAGCGAAAUAAUACUUUCAGAGAACGAGCCCAGCUAAGCAAUUAAACCACAAUUAAUGUUACUUAAGCGUUGCAUUUAGCAUAAAGAAUAUUAAAGAAGAAAGCCACGGGGUAAAUAUCGUUCAAUUAUAUAUUUUUAAUAACUAGACUGAGAGAACGUACAUAUAUUCGUAAAGGAAAAUUUGAAAUGAACAAUCUACUCAACUUAAUUGCGAUUGCGAAACGAGAGCACACACACACAAAAUAGCCUUUAGUGUAAGCCUAAAUGAUACUGUGUACAUUUGCAAAUGAUUUAUGUUUUAUAUAGUUUGUAAAAGAAAAUAUCAAAUACAAAUAAAAAGCUCAAAACAAA